UUUUUAUCAAUAUACGUAAUAUACUAAGUCAUUUUGUUUUUAUUGUUUAUCAAUGAAUAUAAUGAGUAAUUGUACGGUCUUGAAAAAUAUUAUCGAAGUAAAAACAUAUACUUUGUAUUGAGUCAUGUGAUUAGGAUUCAUUUCAUUCACUUGAUCUCAAGUUUCUUAUGACGAGACUAGGUAUUAUGUUUUGUUUCCGACAUGGAAUGGAGAACAGUUGCAGUGACGAUAUUAGUAGUGACACUUUGUUUCUUGGCCAUACCUAUUCGCAUUGGCCCUGAUAAUAAUAACGAAGAUAUCAAGUUGUGAGAAUAUGUCGCACGGUAUAACAAAUCGUAUAAAAACAAUCCAACCGAGUAUAGUGAUAGAUUCGAACGAUUUCAGAGAUCUUUACGACAUAUCGAGAAAAUGAAUGGUUUUCGAUCGUCCCAGGAAAGUGCUUUCUACGGACUCACGGAAUUUUCCGACAUGUCGGAAGAUGAAUUUCUACAGACAAACCUUUAUUCUGAUCUAUCGGAAAGAGGAAAAAAACAUGCGAACGCGAGCUAUCAUAACGAACAUCGUAAGAGAAAAGAAAGAAAUCACUUGGAAAAAAGAACUAUAGGUAUACCACUGAAAGUAGAUUGGCGAGAGAAAGGUAUAAUAUCUCCUAUAAAAAAUCAAGGAUCCUGUGGUGCUUGUUGGGCCUUCAGUACUGUCGAGGUAGUUGAAUCGAUGUAUGCCAUAAAAAAUGGUAGUCUACAUUUCCUAAGUGUACAGGAGAUGAUUGAUUGUGCAAGGAAUACUAAUCUCGGAUGCGAAGGUGGAGAUAUUUGCAGUUUGCUCGCUUGGUUGAAAUUAACGAAAUCGCCGAUAUUACCGGAAUCUAAUUAUCCGCUCACACGAAUGACUGACACGUGCAAGCUAAAAGGAGCUACCGCGAAAAUGAAAACAGGUAUCAAGGUGAUGGACUUUACCUGCGAUAGCUUUAUAGAUUCAGAAGAGGAGCUUCUGAUAACAUUGGCCACACACGGUCCUGUGGCUGCCGCGGUGAAUGCAUUAUCCUGGCAAAAUUAUUUAGGUGGUAUAAUACAGUAUCAUUGCGAUGGUGCUUUUACCAGUUUGAAUCAUGCUGUACAAAUAGUAGGUUAUGAUAAAUCCGGCACAAUACCUUAUUAUAUUAUCAAAAAUUCGUGGGGUCCAGCUUUUGGUGAUAGAGGUUACUUGUACAUUGCUAUUGGCAACAAUCUUUGUGGUAUCGCCAAUCAAGUUUCAGCGUUGGAUAUCAUCUAUAAAUAAAGGAAUAUAUAAUGAUGACGUUAAUCUAUGAUCACCAUAUAUUUACGUAUAUGGCAUUUAUCGUUAAAAAUUAGUCAUUAACGUACCUGACUAAUUUGUGAUUGAUUAUAAAGAACAGAUUGAAAUAUAUUUAUCAUAUGUAAUAUAUUUGAUCAGUAUUUCUGAUCAGUGUUGGGAGAGGUUUUAAAGUUCAGAUAUAUAUGUACACAUACACACACACAUACACACACACACACACACACACACACACACAU